GAUCUCUCGCUUCUACUUCGCCCUUCACUCUACGCUCCAGUACCCACAGCCCACAUCGCAGCACCAUUUCUAGAUGCUUCACACCAACCAGCCCCCGACACCGAUCUAGAAGUUCUGCUCUCACAUCGACGAUUCAUCCACGCCGCCGACAAAGCAACCGAUAUCCUAACCUCUGGCUCCGUUUCCCCCUCCUCCACUCCAAAAAUCCUCGAAUUGCUCUACACACGCUUCUCCUGUCUAGUCAUCUGCAACCAGACCGCCCUAGCCGCCAAAGAAGCAAAACCCCUGAUCGAGUUGCUAGCAAGAGAAAGCGCCACCUACACACGCCCGUAUCGAGAAGUAUUUCUCUCGCAGGUUCCUUGGUCAUUGCGUCUUUUGCUGCUUAAAUUGCAGGGACAAGGUGCAGAUGUGCAUAGACGAACAAUCAUGGGAUUGUAUGCGUUAUCAACCGAAUGCCGCACUCUAGCCGCAAAAGCAAAAGCCGAGUCCGACGAUGCAAGUUUUGCAAUGUGGAAAGCGAGGUUACAUGACCUAGGUCUCCGUGUCGCUGGCGAAUUACUCGAAAUGGGGGAAUUGGAAACCGCAAAGAGGCAUUUGGAUACUUUGUCCUCCGACACCUCCAACAUCGACGCAGAAGAAGAAAAAGUCAAAAUGUGUAUCCGCAAAACUCUGCUCUUGCUCAAACUCGGCGAUACAAGAGCAGCUGAGCAAUGUCUCGCCUCUGCUUCUUCUGCAGCAGCAAGAACAGACGCAGAUCUGGAUAUCCAACUUCAAGUCCUCACCGCGCUAUCUUCCCUCUAUUCCUCUUCUCCCACCACCGCCCUAUCCUCCCUUUCUUCCUUGGCAGCCACUCACCCUUCUCAUCCCCUAAUCUCCCACAACCUAGCCAUUACGCAUCUCUACACCAACAACGUCGUCCUCGCCUCGGAAAUGCUAGAAGCGCUGGUCUCACGAGAUGAGAUUGUUUUUCCAACGCUGCUGUUCAAUCUGUGCACGAUGCAUGAACUGAGGAGCGACAAGGCCAGAGACAGGAAAUUGGAUUUGGUGGAUGCGGUGGUGGGGUUGGGUGAUGAUGGGGCAAGAGAAGGAAAAGGUGUUGGUGGGUUUGAGAAGGCGAUGGCGGAGUUCAAAUUG